UAUUUAUUGCGGUAAAGAAGAAUCGCCGGGAGAUGGGUUUUGGAUUCAUCUUCCAAGGAGCAAGCCGCGUACCAAUAUGAGAAAAAGUCGUUGGUUUUCUUCCUCUCUGUAUCUCAUCUCGCCCAGUCAAACUGUAUUAUAGUAUAAGAGGGAGCUUACGUCUGGGUAGAGAGAGAUAGAUAUGGGUGGUAACGGCAAGCAUAGGUGGAAAAUUUCAUUUCGAUCGUCUUCCUCAAUGCCGAAGCAGUCUCCUAAGGAGUUCAUGUGUCCCAUUUCUGGGUCUUUGAUGGCUGACCCAGUGGUGGUUGCGUCGGGUCAAACUUUUGAGAGGAUUUCUGUUCAGGUGUGCAGGAACUUGGGGUUUGUUCCGGUUUUGGGUGACGGGUCUAGGCCUGAUUUCACUGUUGUAAUUCCCAAUUUGGCUAUGAAGUCCGCGAUUCUGAAUUGGUGUGCUGCGUCCCGCGUGGACCGUCCGACGGAGCCGGAGUAUGGAUCGGUGGAGACGCUUGUGAGGGCGGCAAUGGGGUCGGACGGAGAUGAUAGGUUUGAGACUUCGGAGAAGGAGUUGCUUCGAGGUGUGCCGGGGAACCCGCCGGUCAUGUUCUCACACGCCGCCACGGAGGUGAAUCACCGGCCCAAUCAUUUCUACUCCAGCAGCUCUGAGGAAUCUGUCAUCGCUGCCGUUCCGGCGACUCCCCUCCCCCUCACAACUCGACCCUCCUGUUAUUCAUCGUUUUCAUCGUCUUCGGACGAAGCCCUUAGCCUGGCCGUGACUCUAGACCCCAUUUCUUCCGAGGAAGAAGAGAUUUUGGGGAAAUUGAAGAGCUCUGAAGUUCAUGAGCAGGAGGAAGGGCUGAUUUUGCUGAGGACGAUUACGAGAACGAAGGAGGAUCUUAGGGUUUCGCUCUGUACCCCUGGAGUGCUCUCCGCCCUCCGGCUGUUACUGAAUUCAAGGUACGCGGUCGUGCAGACCAACGCCGCCGCAUCGGUGGUGAAUCUCUCUUUAGAGAAGCCGAACAAGGCAAAAAUCGUACGGUCCGGAAUCGUUCCGCCGUUGAUCGACCUGUUGAAGGGCGGACUCCCGGAGUCGCAGGAGCACGCCGCCGGGGCACUCUUCAGUCUAGCAAUAGAAGACAACAACAAGACGGCGAUUGGGGUGAUGGGCGCAUUGCCGCCGCUGCUCCACGCGCUUAGAUCGGAGAGCGAGCGGACUCGCCACGACUCGGCUCUGGCACUGUACCAUCUCUCACUCGACCAGAGCAACCGAGUCAAACUCGUGAAACUCGGUGCCAUACCGACUCUACUCGCCAUGGUGAAGUCCGGCGACCUGGCGAGCCGCGCUCUGCUCAUACUCUGCAACAUGGCCGCCUCCGGCGAUGGGCGCUCUGCAAUGCUGGACGCGAAUGCCGUGGAUUGCUUGGUGGGGCUGUUGAGAGGAAAGGAACUAGACUCGGAGUCAACUCAAGAAAACUGCGUGGCCGUGCUAUACUUGCUGAGCCAUGGGAGCAUGAGGUUCAAGGGGUUGGCAAGAGAAGCAAGAGCAGUAGAGGUUUUACGGGAGGUUGAAGAGAGAGGAAGCGGGAGAGCGAGAGAGAAAGCGAAGAGGAUGUUGCAGAUGAUGAGGGGACGAGACGAGGAAGAAGAAGUGGACUGGGAAGGGGUUCUGGAAUCGGGGGCGUUGAGUCAGCCACGGUACCGAGUGGGCGGUGCCGGCAAACAGCACAUUCAUGGAGCAUACUCCACUGAAUUUUGAUUGAUUGAUGGUUUAGGGUUUUUGAAAGGUUUUAGACCUUUUGUCUGUAUAGAGUUGAAUUUCAGUUACUCGUUGGAGCUCUGAAAACUUGUGUAUGCAUCUUUCCAUCUCCAAUUGAUGGGUUAUGGUCCCUGUAGAAGUCUGUUUUGAGUCUCAAAUUUGUAAAUAAUAGAGUGAAUUGGAAACAGUUGCAUCACCAGUGGAAGGAAGAAGAUGAAGUUUCAGGAAGGAAAUUCACACUUGAAUAGCAGUAGGUGUUUUUGUUUUUAUUUGACUUUGUUCAUAGUCUGGAUUCUUGGGUCUGUUGUAUUUAAUCUGCUGUUUCCAUUAUACUUGGUCUGUAGACUCUGUACAGAAAAUUAAUUUGGAA